GCGCCCUUCUCCUCCUCCUCCUCCUCGGCCCUCCCCUCCACGCGCGUGCGUCUCUCUGAGUGUGUGUGUGUGUGUGAGAGAGAGAGAGAGAGAAGGGGGAUGGCUGGGUGGGGAGGGGGAGAGGGAGAGGGAUGAGGUCAUCCUCUUUCCCGGCGUCAGUCAGCUGGGUGGCGGCGGCGGAGGCAACGGCGGCAAAGCAGCAGCAGCAGCGGCGGCGGGGCGGGCCAGGCCGAGGCGGGCGAGGAUGCCCCGCCGGUUCGGGGAGCGCUCCCUGGGAGGACCAGGCGGCUGCUCUUGCUGCCGCCUGGGGCUGGGCGGCUGAGGAAGAGGAGGAGGAAGAGGAGAAGGAGCGAGAGGGGCGCGCCUCGCCGUCGGCGGGGCCCGGCGGGAAAGCCUCUCCCGGACAGAAGAGGGGACCCUUCUGCCUCCUCCGCCGCCGCCUCCCUUCCCUGGCAUCAUGGCUGCGAAGUCGGACGGGGGCCGGCUGAAGAUGAAGAAAGGCAGCGAGGUGGCCUUCACGCCGCUGCAGAACUCGGAGCACUCGGGCUCGGUGCCGGCGCUGGCCUCGGCGGGCUUGCCUUCCUCGGAGGCCGGCGCGGGAGGCGAGGACGACGAGGCGCCCGGAGGCGCAGGGGGAGGCUGCUGCUGCGGCAGCUCCAGCCACCGGAGGCACGGCGGAGGAGGAGGAGGAGGGGGCUGCCGGUGCUGCUGCGGCGGAGGCGGCGCGGGAGGCGGCGGGGAGGCGUCGUCGCGGGGCCCGCGGGGCUCGGGCGGCGGCUCCUCCUCGCUCUGCCUGCGCCUCGGCCGCGAGACGCGCCUCUACUCGCUCUGGGACGGGCUCUGGAUCCUGGCCGCCGUGGCCGUCUACUUCGCCGACGUGGGCACCGACCUCUGGCUGGCCGCCGACUACUACCUGCGGGGCCAGCGCUGGUGGUUCGGCCUCACGCUCUUCUUCGUGCUGCUCGGCUCUCUCUCGGUGCAGGUCUUCAGCUUCCGCUGGUUCGUCCACGACUUUGGCGCCGAGGAGGGCUCCUCCUCGUCUUCCUCGCCGCCCGCAGCCUCCGCCUCCUCGGGCCCCGGGCACGGAGAGACCAAGCUGCUGGUGAGCAGCGGCUCGGCGGCGGCGGAGAUGGACGCAGGGGCCCGGCCGGGGACGCCGCAGAGGCAGGCCUCCAUCGCCGGCAAGGGCAACCCCGCCUCGGGGCCCGGGAGCGGAAACAACCCCGGCGGCGGUGGCGCCCCCCACGCCCCCAAGGGCCGCUCCGCCUCCUGCGCCUUCUGCAUCUGGCUCCUCCAGAGCCUCGUCCACAUCCUGCAGCUGGGCCAGAUCUGGAGGUAUUUUCACACUAUAUACUUGGGCAUCAGGAGUAGGAGGAGUGGAGAUAAUGACAGAUGGCGCUUUUAUUGGAAAAUGGUCUAUGAGUAUGCAGACGUGAGUAUGCUGCACUUGCUUGCUACGUUUCUGGAAAGUGCCCCACAACUGGUCUUGCAGCUCUGCAUUGUUGUACAGACACGUACUCUUCAAGCCCUCCAAGGUCUUACUGCUGCAGCAUCUCUUGUGUCUUUGGCAUGGGCUUUGGCUUCAUAUCAGAAAGCUCUCCGUGAUUCCCGUGAUGACAAGAAACCAAUCAGUUAUAUGGCUGUAAUCAUCCAGUUUUGCUGGCAUUUCUUCACAAUUGCAGCCAGGGUGAUUACGUUUGCUCUCUUUGCCUCUGUUUUUCAACUCUACUUUGGGAUCUUCAUCGUUCUACAUUGGUGUAUCAUGACCUUCUGGAUUGUCCAUUGUGAGACGGAGUUUUGCAUCACUAAAUGGGAAGAAAUAGUCUUUGACAUGGUUGUUGGGAUAAUUUAUAUCUUUAGUUGGUUCAAUGUCAAGGAGGGAAGGACACGCUGUAGGCUUUUCAUUUACUAUUUUGUUAUCCUUUUGGAAAACACUGCCCUGAGUGCUCUUUGGUACCUAUACAAGGCUCCUAUGAUUUCUGAUGCAUUUGCCAUUCCGGCACUAUGUGUGGUAUUCAGCAGCUUUUUAACUGGCAUUGUUUUUAUGCUGAUGUACUAUGCCUUCUUUCAUCCCAAUGGACCAAGGUUUGGGCAGUCACCAAGCUGUGCUUGUGAGGACUCUGUAGCUGCCUUCACACUUCCUCCAGAAGUAGCAUCAAGUACUUUAAGGUCUAUUUCUAAUAACCGGAGUGUUACAAGUGACCGGGAUCAGAAAUUCGCAGAGAGAGAUGGGUGUGUACCCGUCUUUCAGGUGAGGCCAACUGCACCUUCCACUCCUUCAUCCCGGCCUCCAAGGAUUGAAGAAUCUGUCAUUAAAAUUGAUCUUUUCAGGAACAGGUACCCAGCAUGGGAGAGACAUGUAUUGGACAGGAGCCUACGAAAGGCCAUUUUAGCUUUUGAAUGUUCUCCUGUUCCUCCACGACUACAAUAUAAAGAUGAUGCCCUUAUACAGGAGCGGUUGGAAUAUGAAACAACACUAUAAAUAAUUUUUUAAAACAAAAUAAACUCAAUGCAGCGGCUGUGAUACAUCCAAAUAAAAGGGUGCUAUAAGGGCCGUGGCAAUAACUUAAACUUCACUCUACAACAGAGCAGCAAACUAUAAUAGUAUCCUUACUCUGGCUACCAUCAUGAUUAUCAUUUGAUCCACUUUUCCACAGUCUGUCUGCAAUACACCUAGAAAGCAGCAGUAUCCAAGAGCCUCAAAGAAUCAGUAGUUUGACUGAAAAAUAGACCUGGUUCAAUAACUUCCUAUUUCCUUCAAAGUGCACUGCAUAGCAUUUUAAAUUAAAGGAGGAGAAUUUGAAUGAAUGAUAUCAGCUACCAGUUAGUGCUUUUAUUAAUGUUGUUUUGGAGAAACUUAAUUAUUGGUGUUUGCAUUUAUAGAGCGAAUAAUUUGCAAACUGAAGAAAUCAUUUAGAAAAACUUGUCAAAAUCACUUAUUUUGUAAAAGGCAAUAUUACUGUUAUGUGAAUUCUAGUUUCUAUGAAAGAAAUUAUAUCAUCUUCUAGUCUUGAAUAGGUAAAUCAUAAAAUAUUUGCAAAAGAGUUAUAAUUGAAAAAAUACAUUAUUGUUUUUUUCUACUCUAGAACUAAAUUAAAUUCUAAAAGAGCUAAUUAUAUGUGUUGUAAUCGAAGUAGCUAUUAAGUUUCUUGAUUUAUUCAGUUAUUUUUUAAAUCUAAAUCAAUAUUAUAUGUACAACUUCAGGGGUUUGAUUUUUUUUUAAGGAAAUUCUAUGCAGAUGACCCCACCCCCAGUUUUCAGCAAAUGCAAGAAGCUCUAACAUUUAUCAAUGUACAUUAAAUGAUAAUCAUGAUUAAGUUUUCAAUUGCAAAAAAAAAAAGAAAUAGAU